AUGGAAAUUAAUUAAGACACUCUAAACUUUUUAUUUAAAGAAUUAUGUGCUAUGGCUUUCUUUCAACAAAAAUCACAAAAUGAAUUAAAUGACCUUUAUCAAUAUUACACAAUGCAAUAGGCUAAGUUAAUGAAUCAGUUUUAUCAUGAUUAGGUGAUCAAUGAAUAAGAAUUAAAAUUGGUGAACAGAUUUAUAGCAAGAAUUUCAGAGGCUUUCUAAUUAAUGGUGGCAAAGCGAUAAAUCAUUAGGUGCAAAGAAUCUAAAUUUUAACCAACAAUAUAUAAUUGUUUGACUUCUUCUUUUGAAGGCAAAAAUAAUCUUAUUUGUUAGUUAAUUUAAGCUAUAUAUAGGGAGUGCAGACUUUAGAUUGAAAUGCUAACAAACAAGAACCAAAAGAUUGAAGUUAAAAGAAUACACAGUCAAGAUAACAACAAUGAUGAAGAUAAACUUCAGAAUCAAUUUUAUUCGGUUUAAGUUACGAAUAAGAAAAAUAUAUAAAAUGAUUGGCAAGUUAAUAUUAAAAAUAAUAAAAAGUUGAACAAUUACUACUCAAAAGUAUUUCCUAAAUUAUAUGAUGCGAUUGGCGGUGUUGAUAAGUAUAUAAAACAUCAUUAUGCUAGAGGUCAAGAUGAAUAAAUCCUUUAUUUCUAAAAUAGAGAUUAGAAUAUGGAUAGGAUAUUCAAUUAGUUACUUUAGCAGAAUCAACAUAUCAAAUAAUCUUUAAAUUGGUCAGUCAAUUUGGAUCAAGAAAUGUAUAAUAAUAAGAUCGAAUAAAAACUGUAAAAACUAAAAUUAUAAUAAUUAAUCCCGAGUCAUUAAUUAUCAACAUAAUCAUCUCCAACAAAACCCUCAUAACCAUCAAAUAAAUCAAUUAAAUAGAAUGCCCCAACAAGUCCCUUCAAAAAUAGCAUCAUUAAUAAUAGUAAGAUGCCGUCUAUUAAUGUAAAAUUCAGAAGCAUAUCACAAAAUGUUCCCAUGAGCGAAACAAAUUUUAAGAGUUAAAAUAUGUUCUUGAAUUUUCAAUAACAAACAUAAUAAAAUCCAUAAUCUUAUCAAUACUAUUCAUCAGAAACAGAGAAAGCUAAUUUGUUUUCAAAAAUCAUUGAAAGCUAUAAAUAAAAUUAAUUUCAACUAAAUAAGAUAAAACUAGAAUUCAAGCCCAAGCGUUAGCAUUGUUCUGUUCUGAAGAGCAAAUUAAUGAUAGAUCUCAUCCCACUUCAUAACUCAAAAUUAAAGCCUAAAGGCACUCGAAAUUUUUUAUAAUAAGUACCAUAAAUAAUUAAUUGA